AUGCCUUUUCCAAUCUUAAAGUCGGGGCAGGCCUCGUCCACACGGCGUUCAACGCGCGACGGCAAGCAAUGGCCAGCAUUUCCGGGAAUCCCCAUCUUCCUCGAAGCUCAUGAUGAACGGAAAACAACGAAGACAUAUGGCACUACCCCAACAACGCCUACCACUCCGGAGGUCCUCACACAUUGUCGACUAGCACCUUCCAAACACACCCACCUGAUUGCGCCUAAGAUCAGUCCAGUACCAACGAGCCCAACCACCACGAUUCAGACAUCCAGCAAUCGUUCCAGUGUAUGGCCUAUCCCUGAGCCACCUCCUGAGAUCCAGCAUCAGGAACCUCGCCGACCAACUCUUCACUUCUUUCCAACACAGCGCCCGCGAACACAGUUGGAAGGUCUGCCCACAUUGCAAAUACCGCAUUUCAAUGAGAAGACACCGAUCAACCCUAAUGAUCCUGGUUUAGGUAUCACUCACGGUCUGCCUAAGCCACCUUCCAUUGAGGUCACGUCACCCAUCAAUGAGAGGCCUGACGCCUCCUUCAACAUCGCCCAGCGCAUUGAGGAGAAGCUCUGGAGGUACAGUGCUUCUGGAAGUACUCUUAAGAGAUGGUUUCUUGAAAUACUGAGCUGGCUGUUCAGCGCUGUCUGUAUGGGUGCGGUGAUCGGAGUACUUAUCUAUCUGGAAGGCGAAUCGCUGUCGAAAUGGACACUCGAGGAGAAGACGCAUUUGACGCUGAACACUUACAUUUCCAUUUUGUCCAAGAUGGCAGGUGCUGCUCUCAUCCUUCCUGUUUCAGAGGCUCUCGGUCAGCUCAAAUGGAGCUGGUUCCUGGAGCACUCAAAGCAGAUGUGGGACUUUGAGAUUUUCGACAAUGCUUCGAGAGGACCCUGGGGAUCCAUGUUGUUGUUACUUCGCACGAAAGGAAGAGCUCUAGCAGCAGUUGGGGCCAUGAUAAUGCUGGGUUCUUUGGCACUCGAUCCCUUCUUCCAGCAAGUCGUUGACUUUCCAGAGCGAUGGGCAUUGCGGAACAAUCUCACUGGCGAAAUUCCAAGGAUCGCCCGUUACGAACCUGUGCUUACAAAAGAGUUCACCCAGCACCGCGAGGCUGGAGUCUACGACAAAGACCUUUAUCCGAUUGUUAAAGAGUUCUUUUAUGGCAACGGGACACUACCUGUAGCAUUUGGUAACGGUACACGGCCAGACAUACCUUUGUCAUGCCCCACAAGCAACUGCACAUGGCCUGAGUAUGAGACUUUGGCUAUUUGUAGUCGGUGUGAAGACGCGUCUGCCGCACUGGAUAUCACAUACGCUUGCAUGGAAACGACUGUUGACUGGAGCGCCAACUGGACAGGGCCUAUCACGGAGGAACCUUACCCAAACGCAACAGUGUGUGGCCAUUUUCUCAAUGCUACCAGCAACAAGCCAGUCUUGUUGUCGGGCUAUAUAGCCAGCAACGAGACUAAUACGCCUGGGGAAGCAUUGAUGAUGCGCGCUGUUCCGCUCACCGAUUUUGAUACCAAAGAGCCAUUGUAUGGAGAAGGUUCUGUGCUUUUCAAGAAUGUUAGAUACCCUCUUCUUGAUGCCCUGAUCGCGUCUGCGCCUGAUGGCCUAGAGAGUGUCUAUCAUCACAAACUUCCCACAGUACAUGAAUGCAUACUCUCGUGGUGUGUUCAGACUGUUAGCUCAUCGUAUGAGUUUGGUCUAUAUACCGAAAACGUCACUUCCGAAUACUGGGAUACUUCUUCUGAACCAGUGGCAUGGCCAUGGCAAUCUUUCCAGGUCGAUAUCGACACCGUAAAUCUGAUCUAUGGGCAGAACAUCACCCUCCAACCAAGCCGGUCACACACACAGCACCUGGACACCGCUGCUAAGAAUGCUCUAUACACUGUUGGGAACGUCACUAUAUACAACGCCAUGGUCAUCUUUGAUGAUUUCUUCCCGUCUACCUAUACUAGCGCAGAAGCAUCUGCGGUUCCUCUGCUCAGGUACAAAAAUUACUUCAAUGGCCCCUACACUCGCACCAUGACGUUCAACCCAUGGAAUGCCCCCAACAAUUUGACGCGUCACAUGGAAAGAUUGGCGGCAUCAAUGACCAACGUAAUAAGGUCUUCCAGCACUAAGCAGAUGUUCCACGGAGAGGCGUUCAGUCGGGAAAACUUUGUGCAAGUUCGUUGGCAAUGGUUGACUCUGCCACUUGGUCUUCUCUUGAUAUCCCUAGUCUUUCUCGCCGCUACAAUCGCAAAGUCUGCAGCUGAGCGUGAUCGUGUAGGUGUCUGGAAAACUUCAGCAUAUGCUACUCUUCUCUACGGGUUACCUGAUGAAAUGCAGAACAAAAUCACAAGAUCCGGUAGCACAGGAACACCAAGGUCGAAAGCCAAGGAGUUAAAAGUAAAAUUGCAGCCGAAUGGAGGCUGGCGAGUGUCUGGAAAUCUGUUCACACCUUUUACGCCCAAAUCGAGACCAAAUCAGCCUCCUCCUGGCUGGAUAUAA